GACGGCACUUUAAACAAGAAGAAAAAUAUUCUCUUCCGCAGCUGGGAAACAGAAAUGCAAGCUGGUGCUCUCUUUCUCCCCACGCCUCCUCCUGGUGCUUUACGCUUCAUUCUGCUGGGAGGAUGUCAAAUGCUCUGACUGGAUGAAUGAAAAGGCAGCAAGAUCAAGCUCUGUGAUGGUGGUGUCGGGGGACAGAGGUGCCUGAUCAGUCUCCCACCUUCAGGAAGCGUAACGAGAGCUCAACCCAGAUGAGAACAAUGUCUGAUGAGACAGAACAGAGAAUGUGUGAUGGGGACUUCGGUUCAGAUGAAGAGGGCGAGGAAGGGGACGUGGAGUCUUACUUAGAAGACAACAGCAGUGAGCUCAUGGACCGACUGAGAGAGCUGGAGGCAGAGAACUCUGCUCUGGUGUUGGCCAACGAGAGCCAAAGAGAAGCUUACGAAAGAUGCUUAGAUGAGGUGGCUAACCACGUGGUGCAAGCUCUGCUUAAUCAGAAGGAUCUGAGAGAGGAGUGUAUCAAGCUGAAGAUGUUGGUGUUUGACCUGGAGCGACAGAACCGAACUCUUUGUGAGCUUUUUCAGCAGAAGUUGCCCAGCCAGCCCACCGCUCCCUAUCAGGUUCAUGCGGGACCCCUCCCAGACUUGAAUGCACAGCAGCACAAUGAAUCUGCCAAACAGGUGGAGCCGGCACCGACUGACGCACAAGCCAAGGGAAAUGGUUACAACACACAACAUGCUUCCCCAGGGCCCCGUGGCCCUGCCGCCACAAUGGAGGCCCUAUCACCCUUCUUCAAGAAGAAAGCUCACAUUCUGGAAGUCCUGCGCAAAAUGGAGGAGACAGACCCCCUGAAGUUUCACCCGUCCACUACAAGCUUGUCGUUCUGCGACUACAGCCAGGUGCUAAUGUCAACAGAGGCUGUGUUGGCCACUGCAGACCCCGUCCCACUCCAGUGCAAAUCCCAGCACGCACACUGUCACUGCUCCUGCUCUGAUACUGGCACACACCAGCAGGUCAAUGGUGAUGGAGCAGCAAAGUGUGAGUCAGGGAACGUGUGUUGUUUACACUGCAAAAAGAGCCCAGGAAGUCCUCCAAAGCCAUGCAACCAUAUCUGUAGUCUUUUGAAGGCCGACACCACCAAUCAGAGCCUUGGUCCUGCAGCUGCCAUGAAUGAAGAUCACAGUAAGACCAGAGCAGAAGAGUCUGCUGCAACCGCACAGUGCAAUGUUCAUGAAGCCAACCAGCAACCUGCAAGUGGCUCCAUCCACUCAGCUGUCACAAAGACCAUCCACCAGAGCCUGGAAGGUGUGGGGGUGGAGCAGUAUGAGAGUUCUCUAAAAGCUGGUGUCUCUGAGGAGCUCACCAGUUUUUGUGCCUCCUACGAUCUGCCCAGUUCCAUCAACGAAAGUUCACAGACCUCCCAGUGUGACACCAGUACAAGUGAUGUUGUUAAUAAUGGCUUGACACACUCUUCAAGCCCCACACUCAGUGACCCCCCUGUCAUUCCUGAUAAAGACACCAUAGACCUGGAGGAUUCCUCUGUACGAGCCAGUGCAUCUGUCAGCCCCAGCCCGUCUUGCCUCAGUGAUGUCAAAGCUGCUGCCAUCAACUCUCCAUCCAAACUGCUUAAGUUCCUGAAGAUUCCCACGAUGGGAGAAAAGCCCCAGGCUUCAACCUCAGCUGUACGUCUGAGCCCCCAGCUCACACGCAACUCAAGGAUACCUUGUCGCACUAACAAUUAUGAAGUGUACCACUCUCCUGUUCCCACACGCAGAGCCACCACUACAGAGAGGUGCAGGCAGCCCCCUCCCCCACCCUCCAGAUCUGAGUCCUACCCUGCCACACACUCGGCACCAACCUCCCCUCCACAGCCUGAAGACACCUGCACACUUCCUGUUAAAGAAAUAAGCUACAGCUGCUUCUCUGCACCAAAACCCUGUGUUGGCUCAAAGUUGGGGCCUCCAUCUGCUGCAUCUUUUUGCUCGUCCAGAGUUUCUGAAAAGGUCCCUCAUUAUGAAAAUGUCCUGGAUAUGUCUAGCUCUAGGGAAGAGGAGCGAUCUCAGGGCCUUGAGAAAAGAAGCACUGUUCCAGCUCAAACAAAGGGAAACGGUGGCGAAAGAAAGCUUGUUAAAUCUUUACCAGAGAGUGUUCUCAGUCCUUCUCCUCAGCAAAAGCAGUCAUCCUCAUCAACUUCAGAAUCUACAUCAGAUGAUGAUGAUGAGGAUUCUGAUAGCCCAGUGUGGGUAAAUCAUCACAGUCUGCCUAACUCAGCAGCCCUGAGCAAAACUCAGAGCAAAGCAAACUGCGCAAAAGCCAGAGACAAGCCAGAGACUGACAUAAGGGAGGUCAGCGCAUCGAGCUGUGAGGUCUCCCAUCCUCCACCACCAGUUCGGAGGAAUGACCUGUCAUCCAUCCCCAAGAGGCCUGCUGCUGGGGCUGGGAGACCUCAAGGGGACUCCAGUCACCAUGCAUUCAAAGACAGACUGGCAGCCCUGGGCAAGCUGAGGAGCUCUGAGGAUUUACAAGUGGGCCUCAGGCCUGUCAAUCCAGUGAAUGAGUCUACACAUGGAGAGGAGAAGAGCAAGACAGCAGAGAUGCAUAAAGAGGAGCAGAGACAUUCAAAAUUCACAGACUCUUUGGAUGGUAAACCCAAAAUUAGCAGCGUAGGUUUGAAAUACCCGGGGUCCUCUCAGCUGUAUGAACAGACGGUAAAACCCCCGUCUUCUAGUCCAGCUACAGGUAAACAAGAACCAUUUGUGGCCAAGCCAGAGGCUUCUAAGAGUAAAAUAGGUUUGCCAUCCCCCAGCACAGAUGCUCCACAGGUACUGCGCAGCAACAUUAAGUGUCCUGGCUCUCUAAAUCUGGCUUACAAUGUUAAAACCAGUGCUAGUCCUCAGAGUAGUAACAGUCCCCAUAAAAUCCCCCCAAAGUCACCUUCUAAACCCUUCCCCUCUGUCCACAGAGGUGGGAAGCCUUCAGAGGGCCCUCGGUACUCGUCCAAGUCAGAAGAGAGGACCAAGAUCAGUGGGAAGGGGAAAAAGAAUCCAAUGUAUGGAGACAGCCUCCCACCCCCUCCUCCAAGACCACCAAUUUCUGAAGGAGAGAAGUCAUUCCAGCCAGCUCCUAGUCCACAAUCUGCUAUUGAACAGAAAGUGAUGAAAGGCAUAGAGGAGAAUGUACUAAAGCUUCAAGAGCAGGACAAAGGAGGGCAGGGGAGCGAGGUAAAGCAGAAAGCCUCGAAUGGAAUCGCCAGCUGGUUUGGCCUGAAGAAGAGUAAACUGCCCGCUUUGAGCCGCAAGACUGAGGCUGGCAAAGGAAAGGACGAGAAGAAGGAGUGGAAGAUAAACAUCCCUUCAGUUGGCAGGGACUCUGUGAAAAUGGCCACCAGGUGUAAAGAAGGUGUGGAAGGUCUGAAUAUCUCAUCACUGAUGGAGAAGGCUGAGGGUCUGAGGAGAGCCCUGGAGGAGGAGAGGGCCUACGUGGAGCGGUCAGGCAGGGGCCACUCCUGUGAGGUGGUGAUAGACCAAGCUCAGGGACAGCUAGCUGUCAUGUACAGAGGAACACGCUCUGACAACUUCAUGCAGCAGCUGCUUAACAGGGUGGAUGGGAAGGAGAUGAUCAGCGUGCCACAGCGCCGGCUCUCCUUCGACUGUAAGACCUCCAAGCCGAUGUUCUCUCAGCAGAGCAGCGUCAUCAGUCACACCACCAGUCAUGAAGAUAUGGAGAAGGCUGCAGAUAGAAUCAGUACGAUCACGUCAGAUGAAAACCUGGCAGACUCAGUUCACGCUCAGCACUUUGCAGACGCCGAGCCCCACGGAGCCAACAUGUUCUCUCCUCGCACCAAGACCUGGACUUUCCCCAACCUGAAAACCCCCGCAGGACCAGCAGAGGUGUACCUGGCAGUCGAAGAGGAGGAGGAAGACGCUGUAGCUUUUGGAUCACCGUUCAGAGGGAACAUGAAGGCCGGCGGCCCCUCCUCCAGUGGACCCAGGAUGGUGGACCCAGGAAACCUGCCCGUGCCCGCCCAGUCUGGACUGAGCCGCAGGGGGAAAAUGCGAACCCCCAGCGUGCCCGAGAUGAACCGGGAGGCCGGGCUGGAGCUGCUCAGGGAGCGACCAGAGGAAGCACUCUCCCCAAGCCGCCCCCAGGUCCUGGAGACCCCCGAGUCUCUGAGCGACUCGCUGUACGACAGCCUGUCGUCCUGCGGCAGCCAAGGAUGAGAGGACGAGUCCACCAGCUGUGACGCUGCUGCCUCCUCUGAGGAAUCGGACUGAAACUUUAAUCUGACGUCGACUGGAAGGACGGAUCAUCUCUUCUCCUCAGGAUUUUUAAAACACAUGAAGCCAAAAGCCACUAAUAAUAUAGAUCGUUCACCUUUUCACCGUCAAACUCAAGCGUAGACACUUGUGUUGAAUCGUGUGCAGGACUACGAAAUGCACGGCCAAGCUAACGAUCAGCACAACUCGUCGUUGAGAACUGUUUUUAUUUGUCCUGGUGGGAAGAUGUUCAUGAAGGAAGCAGCAGCUAGAUGAAGUAUUGUUCUGUCAUCACUUCACCGUAGUGUUUUGAGGAAAAACGAAUGUUCAUGUCUGUUCCUGACUGCUUAACUUAUGCAUCACCAUGUUGAACGUAAAAGAAGCUUCGGCCAUGUUUAUAUUGUUUCAGUCUGUUUCUGGACCAUACUGCAUUUCAAAGGUAAUAUAUACCAGCAAUAAUAACA